AGAGUGAGUUGCUGAGGGAGUUCGAAUUGAGGGAAGUUUCGACGAGCUGUAGGUGAAGAAAACCGCGGAUGGCACGGUUUGGAGCUCAGGAAGUUUUGAUACGUGUGAAAGCCGAUAUCGCGUGAGCCGUCUUGCUUUCGGAGGCAAGGGUUAAGGAAGAUUCGAGCGGGCAUGUGAGGUGUAACCCGAGGUAGGAUGAUCCAGUAGAGGUCCGAAUAGGUGCUGUUGUAAUGGAGGGUGUACUUUGUAGACUUUGUAGGUAUCCGAACGUGUAGGUAAGAUGGGGAAAGGAGAAAGACGAUGGGCAAUGGGGGGGGAAGAAACACGGAGCUUGCGGUUGGAUGGCCCCCGGAUAGUACAGCUGGCACGAGGUAAGGUACGUUAUGUCGGGGUUCCAGGUUGAGGUGCUCAAAGUAAAAAGGUAGGGCGAAGCUUGCAUAAGGGUAAGGUAGAAAUGGUAGAACUCCCCGACGAGAUCGGCCAGCAAGAUGCAGCGAGCAGCCCGAGAGCGAUGGGCGCCGGAUGGGCAAAAAAAGAGCACGAGAGGGAUCCGGCAGACCAGGGACAGGGAUACCUCGUCUACAACCCCGCUAUGCCCGCCUCGAAUUACAACUCUCCGAGACCACGAGUCCACCUCACACGACGUGCUCACUCUCGUCGCCUCAUUACACAGCAGGGUCACUCCUCGCAAAACUUGGCGGGCCUCGAUGAAGUUCAGGUCAUCGAUUACACUUGUACUGUCCUACACGGCCCUUUGAGAAUGCUGCCUCGUACCAGGGUGAACCACGCCAGACGCCCAUCGAUGGAACAUCAAAUCGACAUGUCCAUUGGUAGGGGGGUCUCAUCCAUCUCCAACGCUGCCCCAAACUCUCUUUUGCUGCGUUACUCAACCACCGAACCUGCGCCUCACAGAGUCGACAGCGUUAAGCAUCAGAAAUCCGACGUACCGUACCACUCACUUCACUCUACUAACUCCCACCUUAGACUUUUCAUCACGGACGUGCGCUCUCCUAUGCGAGUACGUCGGGUGAAUGCAACGAUGGGUCGCACCACAUCUCAUCUCAUCCCUCCUCAGUGA